UUGUAUAAAAUUGUCUUUGUUAAUUAUAAUUAACAAAAAACUAAACUGAAAGACUUUGUUAAGCUUGAUAACCAUUAACUUGAAAUACCCGAAAUAGAAGUACUGACUACUGUGAACUGUCGGCACACUGUCGGCGAUGUUAUCUUCAGUGGAUUUAGAAAGGCUAAUUACAGAGAAAAGGCGUGAGAUAGAAGUAGAGAAAACGUUGCUAGGCUUGUCACCGGCGGACAAUGAUACCGCCAAAGAUACCAAGAACGUGACGUUCACGCCUGAGGCCGCGAGUCCGAAGACCGCAGAGAAUGACGCAAGCAAUCAGCAACCUGAAACCACCACGCAUGAGACACCAGUAAAUGGUGGUAUACCACCAGACUUGGAGAGGUAUAUAAGGCGCUACCUCGGCCUCCCCGUGAUGCUGCGAGCGGGCGAGUACUCCCCCAACAACCCGCUAGUCCGCGGCGAGCGCACGCCGGGCGACGCGCUGCGCGGCCUCGGCGAGUACGAGCGACGGCGACACACGCUGCGGCGGGCGCAGCAGCGGCAGUACCGGGAGAUGCUGGACCAGCAAGCAAAAAAGAAACAGGAAGCCAAAGAACAAGCGGAGAGAGAACGGCGCGAGCGAGAGGAAAAGGAGCGCCUUGAAGAAGAGAGACAAAGGCAGAGAGAGGAGGUAGAGCGGGAAAGACGACUGGAGCUGGAGCGAGAUAGAAGAGUUGAGUUAGAGCAAGACAGAAGAGAGUUCGAGGACCGAAGAUUGGAGUUAGAACGAGAGAGGAGAGUGCAGCGAGAGCGAGACAGAAGUCCGGAGAUACGACGCGCUAGUUAUACCUAUACGGGCCCUACCAACUUGUCGUAUGUCACUAAGGUGGACACGGGCGUGCAGGUGGACGCGGGCAGCGCACCGCUCUCCGUCGCCGUGCAGACAGACGACCGUCUAUACACGCCGAACCGCCAGCUAUGCAACCUACUGACGGAGGCGGAGCGCGAGCUGUCCCCACACACCGCCGAGCCGCGAACGGAGCCCUGCGCCUGGCCGACGUGGCGGGAGCGCCGCCGGAGCUGCGGGGACUUCGACAAGCCGGUGGGCGCACCAAGUCGCGAGGCGCGCACGGUGCCGCGCUACCAGCCCUCUAUACUGGACGGCGACGCCGUGCAGCUGAGGAACGAGCUCGCUGAAAAGGAGGCACUGGAGCGGCGGCGGUGGUACGAGCGCGAGCUGCGACACCAGAUACAGGAGCAGCAGCGGCUGCGGAACCAGCGCACCGCCAGGGAACGUCUGCUGGAGCAGGCGGAGACGCGGCGGCUGGAAGAACAGCUGCGCGGGUUGAGAGUGGCGCACGAGCGAGAACGGCAACGACAGCGGGCAGCCACACAACAGAUGAAAGAGCACGCCAGUGAGUAUGACAUCAAGCGGAACAAACUGCAGCAAGAAAUAGAGGCGGAGGAACGAUUGCUGAAGUUAAAACAACCUGAUAUUCCACAAGAUACAGACAGACCGUACAGAGAGAGGCGACCGUACUCUAUGAAUAUACCUGAAGAUACCCUCUUCUCACAUAACUACGACGUCGAGAAUUACUUAAGAAGGAACCUUAACCCGACGAAAGAGAGUCUAAUAUCGAACGCGUUCGAAAAAGACGAUAAGUUGAAGAGUUUGAUCGGCGAAAAGAUCGCGUACGACUACUCACAUGAAGUUAAAGAGAAGAAAAACGAUACAAGAUAUGACAAUAAAGUAGUCGAUAAAGAUAAUACGGAAAUACAGGUACCGAAACCGAAACCUAGGCCAAGAGACACGAGAGACGACGACACGCUUCCAAUACCUGUGCUCAGACAUUCCCCCAAACGGACUGUCCACAGUGAACCGGACACGCGACUGAGUGACGCGAUGCAGAUUGUCGAUGAUAAAUGGAGAGUGCCGGUGGUACAGAAGAACAUCUUGAAGUCCGUUCCCAAUGAGGGUGGCAAACCGGUCAGCAUACUCACACAACUCGGCUCCAUUAGACGACAGCUGCAAAUGGAGCAGUUGAAGCUUGAUAAGAUGCUGUCCAAAAAUAAACAGACGUAGAA